AUCUGCGAGCACUUAUAAUCGGAUAGUUUUGCAUGUGCCACAUGUGUGGGGGGGGGGUGCCAGGAACAGCCGCAGCCGAGAGCUGCCAUAGCUAGCAGCGGAUCGAGCCUGGCAACAGCGACCAUCGCAAGUACAGCGUGAUAAUAACAACAGUCAUCUCAGUCGGCAUAGCGCUCGCAACAGCAUGACAGCAGCAGCUACCGAUAGCAACGACAGCCUAACAACACUCGCUCCAUACGGACAACACCAACAGGCUAACAUUAUUUUGUCAACUACAAUACAACUACAGUUCGCAUAGCACCAGACAGCCCGACAACAGCAUCAUCUACAGCAGAGAUAGCAGCAUCUACGGCCAGGACAGCUGUCGCUGCUGUUGUCGGUACACCCGGUGUAAGAACGGCAGUAUAAGCUACAACUGAACAAUAGUAACAGCCCCGCAACGUCUACACAGCCAGUACAGCACGGGCUACAGCAGGACACGGUAACGUCUACAGCCUUUUGUCAGCAACAGCAGAACAACAUCUGCACCUAUAACUUGACGACAGCAGGAGCAGCAUCUGCCUGCAACCACGCGGUGAUGGAGAAUCCGCGGAGAGAUCUGUACAAGGCAGGAGGGCCCAGCAGCAGCGUGCAGGGCAUGAGGGCACGGCGCAGGGAGGAGGAGGCGGAGUUGCGUCGCGCUCGGAGAGAAUCUCAGCUCAUGAGCAAGCGAGCUCCCAGGAGCCUCGCGGCCUCCCCUGGCUCUCCCAGCUCCCCCCACGAGCCACAGGCAGCAGCAGCAGCAGAGACCGUGCCGCAGCUGUGGCUGGAGGUGCAGAAGACGGCAUCGUCUGGAGCCCUUGGUCCCAGGCUGGAGGCCCUGCGCGCGUUACGCCGGGCCCUGUCCAACCAGGAUGCACAGGCGGCCUUCAUUGGCGUGGAGGGUGGCGUUCGCUCGCUCGUGGCGCUACUGGCACGCGGCCCCGAGCUGCAGCUGGAGGCGGCGCGCUCGCUGCUGCGCCUGUCGCACUCCGCACUGCCCGCGGCGCCGCUCGCCUGCCUUGCUGCCACCUCCUACCUCGUCACGCUGCUGGGGGGCCACAGUCCCCAGCUCACGGAGGUGUGUCUGUACACGCUGGCAAACCUGGUGACGGAGAGCACGAGGGCGCGGGAACAGAUGAUGGCACAGGGGCUCCUCGCCGGGAUCGCAUCCUGCCUGCAGUCUCCCCACGGGGCGGUGCUGGAGGCCGCUGCGUUUGCGCUGUCCCAGCUGCUCCAGGCGCCCGAGGCCUUCGACCGCAUCAUCCCGGCUGUGCGGGCGGCCGGGCUGCCCUCGCUCCUGCGGACGCUGCUGGUGCUGCCCCCCGGGGCUCGCGACAUUCCGCCGAGCGCCGUGGAAGCGGCGUGGUGCCUCCACUACCUGGCGUGCAGUGGUGCGAGCGAUCUUGUGGAGGAGCCCCUGAUCCGAGAGGUCGUGGGGGUGCUGGUCGAGCUUGGGGGGUGGCUUCUGAGCUCCCCCAUCCCGGAGUACGCCGAGCUGCUCGUCGUGCCGCUGGUCCGCUGCGUGGGCAACGCGGUUUGCGGGGGGCUCGGCGAGGGGUCCCGGCGAGCUGUGCGCGACGCGGGGCUCCUGCCGGCGCUGCUGCUCUUCGCCGAGCGCUUCUUAACCAAGCGCCCGUUCGUGAGCCGCGAGUGCCUCUGGCUUGUGGGCAACUUGACCGCCGGCGAGCCGGCCUGGUGCUCCGUGCUGCUCCGUCUGGGCGCUCACGUUCGCCUCGCCGCACUGCUGCGCCGCGGUCAAGGGGUCGGACUCAUGGCGGCGCGCGUGCUCUGCACCGUGGCCGUGCGUGCUGGGCCCUCGUGCUCGCUGCUCGGGGGCUGCCCGGAGCUGCUGAGCGCCGCCGCCUCCGUGGCCCUGGGCGCCGAAGCGACGCCGGGGGAGCCUGACCCCGAGCUCAGGGUCACGGCGCUGCAGCUGUUGCAGCCGCUGCUGGCCAACAGCCCCGAGGCCCGUGCGUGGUUCGAGAACGAGGGGGGCCCCGCACAGCUGGAGUCGCUGCUGCUGCAGAGCAGCGGCGUGGACGAGCGAGUGCGACAAGUCGCCCGUGUCCUGCUGCAAGCGCCGCUCCCUGCGGAGGGGUGGCUAGUCACGUGAACAUCGCCCCCCACUAUCCUCCAUGCCCCUGACUUGCCGUCGUCGACUGGACCAGCUCACCGAGCGAGGAAAUGAAGUAGAGCCGGGAAGAUUUGUCAAUUAUGCCUCGAGGUUCCCGGCUAGCUGCUGGCUUGGCUCCUCAGUGGCUGCUGCUACUGGUUGUUGCUACCGAAGCUAGCUGGGUAACUGGCUACGCGGGAUUUUCCACGUAACCAAUAAUAAACAUUCGGUUGAAGUUAAGAAGAAGUUUAAUCAUUAUUAUUAUAGAUAGCGACACCGAAGAGGUUGGAGUAAUAAAUACAGAGGACUGCCACGGUUCAUUUAAAAUUGUUCUCACAUUUCAAUCUGUGCUAUUAAUGUCAUUCACCAGAAUAUCCUUAAUCCUAUACAGUAUUUUUUAAACCCCUUGCGGUACAUAUUAUCUUAAGUAAAAAGACAUUAAUUGUAGUGCUCCGAGUACAGGAGGGUUGUGAGAAGAGUAUGAACAAUGACAGCUGUUUAUUAUUUUACAUUGCAGAGCAACAACGGGAUCUCUGCUCGUCUGAUUUAAAAUAAAAUGCACUCGCCUCUAAGCCACUGGUAGUCGCUCAAACCAGAACAGCAAUAAUUCAAAACGGGAUUCUGGAGAGAAGACAAUCUG